CUCCCAUUCUCUUCCCCCUCCCUUUUUCUCUCUAUUUCCUGUCAUUCUUUUUUUUUUUUUUUUUACUUCUCUCUGGAACUGGCCCAGAAACUAGAAAAACACACAUUUCCGACCAGCUGAAUACAAGCUCUCCUCCUGUUCUCUCUUCCUCCUUCUCUUCCUCCGAUCUUAGGGUUGCUAUCUCCUCGCCCCUUUAAACCACUACCCCAACAUCUGUCUCCUGUAACUAUCUGCAGGGAAGAUAUUCUGCCACUGUGCUCAACUUCCAAAUAGCUGUCAGAAAAAUCUUACAAAAAGAAUAACAAACGCCCAAUUUUUGUAUAUUUUUUUCCCUCAUAAUUUAUUUUCUUUGCGUUGCUUUUUUUAUACUUAUGUCAUUUUUAUCUAUUUUCUUUUUUUAAAUUUCCUGGAAAAGAUCCACGGGUUUCAAAAGCAUGGUCAGUGUUCUGUCAAAAAAAAACCAUGUAACUAUUUCUGUACGACAAAACUGGGAAACUGAAGAAGGCGUGUAACAGAAAUUUGUUUGUUUUUUUUAGAUAUUGUUUGUUUAUAUUUUUGAAUCUCUUUCACACGGGAUGCUAAGACAUGGAUGAGCCAUCGUUCCACCGGAUUGUAUGAUUUCUGCCGUGUUAUAAGACUCUGUUCAUUUUAUUUAGUUCAUUUGAAGACGCCAGCAAGGAUAUUUAUUAGAUACAUUUAAGUAUAAGAAUUACUUGCGUUUUGGUUAAAAAGAAAAGAAAAGUUAAGUAAAUCCAACGUGGGAAAACAGUCUGGAUAUAUUUAGAAGACCUGCUUUUGGAUGUUGUAAAAUCUUCAUAUAACACUUUUGAACGACCAUUUUUAAAAACUGCUAGAAGUAUCAGCCGAUUAAAAGCAGAAGAACGUGACAAUGUUAUAUUGUUCUAUAUUUGUGGCAUUUACUUGAAAUGUACAGCCUUUUCCUUGAAUCCCAUUUCUAUUUGGCAUUGAAUUUCGAUCUCAAACUGACCGAUUAACCAAACAAAGAAUUUAUUGACCAAUCAGGUCACUAUUGGGGAUUUCGCACAGGUGUACUUUUUUAUUAUUAUUUUUUUAAUUCUCUACCCCUUCUUGAAAACUCUUGCAGAUAAAUGAGGUGAGAAAAAUAAAAGAGCAUCAAUGUCUCGUUGGCAGAAAAAGGGAGCUAGGAGAGGCACCCUGCUUCUCCUGCUUCUCGUGGCACUGGUGCUGGGGGGUACAGCUUUCUGCUUGGCAUCGGUAAACCUGAUACUGACGACUACAAUCUGGGGACAGAAGUUGUGCCAGGCGCACGCCUUACUACACCAGGUAAGAAGGCUGCUGUGGCCUACUCCAGAAGUUCUAGCUCUGCACACUCUUGCUAACGAGACCUGUAAGUAAGCAAGAUUGGUUCAGGACUAUACGAUUGUAUGCCUUAUUCAUUUCCCUUCACCAAUAAUUCCCUUCGCCUAUAAUUUUGGGGGCUCUGUAUGCUCAUCCAGAAUGGUUCUAGAUACAGGUGCCAGCGAGUGGCAUUAGACUCAUGGGCACACAAGGUAGUUGGAACCAAGUAUCCCUCAACCAAUCCUUGGAUCAAUUGGCUUAUUCUUUCCAAAAUAUUGCCCUGUGUCAUUCUAUGUAGGAAUGUCACAGGUUUGGGUGAAUGGGCUCAGGAUGCAAAGAUGGAGGCGAGCACAAUCACCAAACUAACAGGUCUUUUAUUUAUAACGUAAAUGUUUCAUAUGCAGAAAAUAAAGGAACAGAAACGUAAUUAUUUCAAUGUGCAAAUAAAUGUCUUUAAACAAAAUGGAGUCCUUUACCAGAGUUACUUCACUAGGUAAGGCAGUCCAAAGGAGAAUCAGUGUAGCAAGGCUUAAUCUAAUACGAAGUCAAAUGUGCAAAAGUCCUUUAUAGGGGAAUCAGCAGGAAAUAGGAACACAGGAUACACAGCAAGGGUUUUCCAUAAACACAGGUAGGCAAUAGGUUCUUUACUCCUAGGGACGAACAAAACAACUGAGCACAGAACCAAGGGCGUUCUGUGCUUUUAUAGGGGAAAGGGAAUAAGGGCCCUCCCAUGAGAAGGUGUCUAAGGACCUAUAUAAGGAGACAGGGUAACCAGUGGUCAGGUGAGUGGGACACUAUGUCCGUUUGUAUACCCACUGACCUCCACACUGCUUCCAGGUAACUCAUACUAGGGUGCACGGAAUUCUACGAGUUUUAAUAGAAUCCUGGAGCAGCGUGAUCCGUCCGCCGGAGGAGAAACACACUGGCGGACAGGUGAGGUCUGUGGGGACACCUUCACACGUGGUGUGGUCACGGCGUUUAGGGAAACUGCAGUGGGGAUGGUGUGCCUGGCACUUGCGGCACGCCGCAGCAUAUUGGCAGGGAAUACAGGCGGCUGGGAGGUAGGUGCAACGAGUCUCCCACCACCGUGGCACCCGGUGAGUGAGUGAAGCACCCCGGGCGCCCUCCGUGUGCCAUGACAAGGAAUGUGUUUUUGCUUUAAUCUGCCCAUUUCCCAGUUCACUUAUUAUACUAGUCUGUGCCAUUUCCUCUUCACGUGAAAUAAUGCUUGUUGUUCUUGUUGAGUGUUUGUUUUGCAUAGCCACGUGUAAAGUCAAACAGUUCUUGAGAAUGCUUUAACAAUGUCUGCCCCUACCACCCUCCCAGAUAAUCUGUACGCUUGGCAUGAUGUACAGACACAGAUAGGGCAAUGGAUGGGGCAUGCAUGCUCACGCAGAACUGUCUGCUGCCAACAGAAACUCUUUUGUUAUGGUGUCACCAACAGAUUCUGCAGUGCUGUGCAUUUUAUUAAACGAAGCAUACAACUAACUGAUUGCAGAAUAAAUUGGGGUUAUUUGCUGAAGCCUCCAGAAACAAGGAGGAGCGUAUUGAUAACCAUGAAUUCCGUUAAACCAUGGGAGGCACGUGAAGGCUAACAAAUUGCACAUCUAUCUGUUCAAUCCCAUACUGAGAGGCGAGAGCUUAUUAAAUGAAUGUGGGGGCUUACUGGUCUGCAAAUAGCCCAGAGAAACCCCAUUCAGUGAGUGAAAAGUUCAUUUAUAAUAAUUUAAUAAUUAAUUGGAGGGGGUCUAACAGUCCUAUCAUCAGAUAAGUGGUAAUUAUUUGUGCAACCUGUAGGUGAAAUUUACAUAGUUCGGUGUCCCCCCUCAACCUCCACAUACAAAUCAGGGAUGAGAAAUCUUUGAAAGCAUUACCUCAUGUUAAAAUCCAGCCAUUGGCAGUCAGCUUGGUCUUGAUAAUUUUCUUGAUUGACUUUACUUUUUAAGGACUUUGUAUCUUUGUACGGGUCAUAUUUUAGCCAAACCGGACUGCUCCAAAUUGUAAUUGUAAUUCCAGCUUUGAUAGCCUUAAUAAACAAAUUGCAGAGUUUCAUUGUCAAGGCACAGUAGAUAAGGACUGUUCUCCAUUAGCAAUCAGUUGUAUGAUAUUUAUAGUUUAUAGAACACCAGAAGAUUCUGCAGUGCUUGCACAAUAUAACAGGAUUACAGGCACACAGGCGUUUAACAAGAGCGAGAUUAAGAAUUCCAGAGGGAGCAGCAAAGUCAAAGAUCUAGAGUUGGCAGUUGGUAAGAGGUAAAGACAGGAGAAAAGUCUUGGCUUUGAAGCUGUUUGGCAUGGCUCGGGAUAUAGAAAGUUCUUUUGGAAUGUGAGCUAUAGAGGAUAGCUAGCUACAGAGGGUUGCAGAGUCAGAUUAUUUUGAGGAGUAAAGUAUGAUAAGAAUACUGCGAGAGUGUCUCUGAUGCGCUCACACUUACUUUUUGGAGACAGUUCCCUGAUGUCCCUAAAAUUGGGGACAGGAGGCGAAAAUCGGAAUCCACUGAAAUCAGGAUGGUUAGGGAGAUUGGAUUGAUGAACUUUACAUUUUUAUAUUUGCAUCUUACAAACUGUGCAACACCUAUUUCAGACUACUUCCCAUAGACAACCUAUGCCACCGUUUGAUUCCCAUUAAGUUAGGGAGCGAUCGCUAGCUUAGCGCCACUAGAUAGUCUUAAAAGUGAUUGCAGUGUUGUACUCGCAUCAAAAGGAUUGUUUGAGAUAUGUAAUGAUAUAGCGACUAUUUUCUGUGGAGAUACUGUUGGUUGAUCUGUGACUCCAUCUGUAGUAUCUCAAUGUCAUGGAUUAACAUUGACAUUAACAUCCCAAUGUAAGCUGUCAAACCGCUUUGUAAUGGUUUAACUUCUUAAUUGGGAUCCACUGGUCUCCUCUUUAACCAGAAGCCUAGCCUGGCGGUGCAUGGCUUAACUCAUUGGCUGAGAGUAAUCAGUUGAUGGUCUCAGCCAGCGAGCUAGCCCUGCACUGGAGGACUUACAUCAGAAGAAGCUCCUAUUGGGUGCUUGAAGUAGUUGUGGUGCUAAUGGUGAUCUUUUAAUGUAUUUUCUAUAUUUAUAUUGGUUUUCAUUGACAUUGCAACACCAGUAGGGUUAAGCUGCAGUUAGUUUCAGGUGAUGUGCCACUGUAGUAGAGGUUAACAGGGAACUGCCUCUUCUAGGGCAUUUACACCAUUGAAAAAGAUUUAGCAAUCGCAAUCACACGUUGCAAAUGAGAAACAUUGUUUGACUUGUCUUCUGCUCUGUGUGCUGUCUCAGGGACUGUCACGUACAAAGGACAGAGCUUAUAGUAGCCGCCCAGUUGCAGGAUAAAGAGGUGCAGAAUUCAUUCUACGUUUUAAUUAUAUUUUUCACACCUCACAAAUACUUAGUUGCUAAAUAUAUAAACAAGUAAAACGUAAUAUAAAAAAAUCCAGAAAGUGACCGUUCCCCUACACUGCUUAAUAUUUAGGUGAUUUGUCGCCCUGUAGGAAAUAUAGAGGAUCUGUAGUUGUACUGGGCUGAGAUUAUCCUUUUAAAUAUUCUGUUGGCUGUUUUAGCAUUAUGUUGGCGUAAGGCUAGAGGUAGCCGUCAAAUGGGAUAUUCCAAUCCCUCUAUAUAGUUACAUGGAAGAAGAAUAUAGUGGCUUAAAAAAAAUUAAAAAAACAACAAAAAACAUGCAAAUAAGGGUGGGGAGGGCUCAUCUCAGGGAGGGAGGGAGACGGAGAGUAGUCACUCCGUCUGUAAGAGAGAAGCAGAUUCCCAGCUGCCAAAGUCACGUGUGCCGGGGACGUAACUAGCCCCCAGCACACAAAUGCUGAUUACUCUGUAUGUGCAGCAUACAGAGCAUUUCAAGCAAAAACGCUGCACCUAUACAGGUGAUACUCAAAAAUUUAGAAAAUCGUGCAAAAGUUCAUUUAUUUCAGCAAUGCAACGUAAAAGGGGAAACUAAUAUAUGAGACACAUUACAUGCAAAGCAAGAUAGUUCAAGCCGUGAUUUGUCAUAAGUGCGAUGAUUAUGGCUUACAGCUCAUGAAAACCCCAAAUCCACAAUCUCAGUAAAUUAGAAUAUUACAUGCAAUCAAUAAAACAAGGAGUGUACAUAGAACAAUAUCGGACCUCUGAAAAGUAUAAGCAUGCAUAUGGACUCAGUACUUGGUUUGGGCCCCUUUUGCAGCAAUUACUGCCUCAAUGUGGCGUGGCAUGGAAGCUAUCAGCCUGUGGCACUGCUGAGGUGUUAUGGAAGACCAGGAUGCUUCAAUAGCGGCCUUCAACUCUUCUGCAUUGUUCGGUCUCAUGUCUCUCAUCUUUCUCCUGGCAAUGCCCCAUAGAUUCUCUAUGGGGUUCAGGUCAGACAAGUUUGCUGGCCAAUCAAGCACAGUAAUCCCACGGUCAUUGAACCAGGCUUUGGUGCUUUUGGCAGUGUGGGCAGGUGCCAAAUCCUGCUGGAAAUGAAGUCAGCAUUCCCAUAAAGCUCGUCUGUGGAAGGAAGCAUGAAGUGCUCCAAAAUCUCCUAGUAGACGGCUGCGUUGACCCUGGACUUAAUGAAGCACAGUGGACCAACACCAGCAGAUGACAUGGCUCCCCAAAUCAACACAGACUGUGGAAACUUCACACUGGACUUCAAGCAUCUUGCAGUGUGUGCCUCUCCAUUCUUCCUCCAGACUCUGGGUCCUUGGUUUCCAAAUGAGAUGCAAAAGUUGCUCUCAUCAGAAAAGAGGACCUUGGACCACUGAGCAACAGACCAGGUCUGUUUUUCUUUAGCCCAGGUAAGACACUUCUGACGUUGUUUGUUGUUCAGGAGCGGCUUGACAAGAAGAAUACGACAUCUGAAGCCCAUGUCCAGGAUCCGUCUCUGUGUGGUGGCUCUUGAUGCACUGACUCCAGCCUCAGUCCACUCCUUGUGAAAGUCCCCAACACUUUUGAAUGGCCCUUUCCUGACAAUCCUCUCCAGACUGCGGUCAUACCUGCUGCUUGUGCACCUUUUUCUUCCACUUUUUUCCCUUCCACAUAACUUUCUAUUAAUGUGCUUUGAUACAGCACUUUGGGAACAUCCAACUUCAUUCGCAAUUACCUUUUGAGGUUUUCCCUCCUUAUGGUUUUCUGCACAACUGUCAGGUCAGCAGUCUUCCCCAUGAUUGUGAUUCCUACUGAACCAGACUGAGAGACCAUUUAAAGGCUCAGAAACCCUUUGCAGGUGUUAUGGCUUACUUAGCUGAUUAGAGUGGGACACUGUGAGCCUAGAAUAUUGCACCUUUUCACAAUAUUCUAAUUUACUGAGAUUGUGGAUUUGGGGUUUUCAUGAGCUGUAAGCCAUAAUCAUCGCACUUAUGACAAAUCACGGCUUGAACUAUCUUGCUUUGCAUGUAAUGCGUCUAUCUCAUAUAUUAGUUUCCCCUUUUACGUUGCAUUACUGAAAUAAAUGAACUUUUGCACGAUAUUCUAAUUUUUCGAGUAUCACCUGUAGACUCCAUCCACCAUGACCACUUCAAAUCAAUAAAGUGGUCAUGGUGGUUGGAUUAACCUUGUAACAUGCUCAGGUGGCAUCUGACGAAGAAUAGAGAGAUCACCGUUCAUAAAUAUGUGAUGUCAAAACACACAUCCCAGAGUUAUGUAUUUUAAUAUAACAUGAUUGAUUUAUUUUAUUUAUUAAUGUAUUGUUCAACGGCAGCACUGCAGGAGUGGCAAAGAUUAUCUAUUCUCUGCCAUUGUGGCUGCCGAUCAAUGGAACACAGACACAGACACACCCAUACAAACAAACAGCAGAUAUACACCCACACAGAUAAUAUAGAUACAUACACAGACACAAACACGCACACAUUAAAACAGUUGCUGAAAGUAAAUUUCAGGUUACAGAAAUGGCCCCAGCCAUUAGUUCUGUACUUAUUAACAUACAGGAAAGGUGUGGGGGAGAGUAAGACACCAUGUCUCUUUCUCCCCAUACCCUCGCUGGAUCAUGUGAUUAAAGUGAGAGGCAAGCGAUUAAAAAGAGCAGUGCCUAACAGCAGCUUGGAUUACCACUCCAAUCAAGCACAGGCAGGCUGGAAUGUGUUUAUAUCAAUGAAGCGCACAUGUUUAUGCCCUACGUUUCGCACUGUUGGCACAUUUUGAAUGAUAUGCUUAGUUUGUAUUACGCAGUGUGACAUCAUAUCGUGCGAUGCACAACAGACUGAUCAUUUAAUUGGUAUACUGCUAGUUUCACCUUCCAGUAUAACAACUUAUUUUCAUUUUUUUGGUGGGUCAUUCCCUAUAAGCGAAGCUGCAAUAGUUUUAGCCAAAAAAUAAUAGUUCCCACAGUUUGGUCUUUUACUGACAAUUUCGAUCUCUGACAUAAUCUGACCCUCAAAGGACCACUCUAGGCACCCAGACCACUUCAGUUUAAUGAAGUGGUCUGGGUGCCUGGUCCAGCUAGGGUUAACCCUUUUUUCUAUAAACAUGCUAUGUUUACACUGAGGAUUAAUCCAGCCUCUAGUGGCUGUCUCUUGACAGCCGCUAGAGGCGCUUGCGUGCUUCUCACUGUGAUUUUCACAGUCAGAAGACGCCAGCGUCCAUAGGAAAGCAUUGUAAAUGCUUUCCUAUGAGACUGGCUGAAAGCGCGCGCAGCUCUUGCCGCGCAUGCGCAUUCAGCCGAAGAGGAGGAGAGGAGGAGGAGAGCUCCCCGCCCGGCGCUGGAGAAAGAGGUAAGUUUAACCCCUUCCUCACCCUACCUACUAGAAAUACUAUUCUUUUAUUGUGUUUUUCAUAAAGCAACCAACAUGCUCUACAGCGCUGUACAAUCUAUGGCACAUAAGGGCUACAUACAGAUAAUGCAUCAUAAUUCGGCAUAUCGGAGGCACCUCUUCAAACUGAAGGUCAAAAUAUGAAAACUGAUACCCUACAAGAGUUGCAAGAAAAGAAGCCAGUUAACUGAUCAUGAAGAGAAUAAAGAAGAAACUGUUAAUUAACUGGCUUCUCUCCUGCGUCAUAUGAAUGCUACAUACCGCAGGUCAGCACUUUUCAAUUACCUUAUGAGAGUAUUGUGAAAUGACACGUGGACAAGAAAAAAAAUGGCGGGUCUGGCAACCCCAAUAUAAAUGCGUGCAGGAAAAUGGCGUAGUAGGCAGGAGUGCAAGCGGAUUUAUCUUGUGGGUAGCCUUAGGGUUCAUCAUAUUUUCUGGGAUACAGAUCGUGUUGACAUGCUGACAGCCAAUUUUUUAAAAGGGCUGCCCAUCAGUAUUUACACUGUAUAUGCUGGAGGAAGAAAAUAAAGUCAUUAAUAAAAGUAUGUUAUUAAAGGAAAACAUGGUGGAUUGAGUGGCACUAUUGGUGCGUCCAUUAAGAGUUUACAUGGUUGUGAAGGCAUUAUGAUAAGAUAUACAAGCAGGUUGCAGUAAGGAAGAAUGUGAGGCCUUUCUCAUCUGACUAGCAGGUUCAGACUCACAAAUGUUAUCCGCCACCUAAUAACACAAAUCUAGUAGAUAGAAUAACACGGUUACACAUCGUGGGGUUUAUUUACUAGACACCUCAUUGUAGCGAAUUACAAAAGUUAGGCAAUAACAGCUGAUUCCGAAAAAUUAUAGUCCAGCUAUUUUAUUGGCUGUUUGCAUAUCAGUUCUUAAUUCAGAACAAUCUGGUGUUUAGUGAGUAAGCCCCAGUGUGAUAAUGUAUGGUGAAGUGCCGUGUACUGAGGAUGAAUUGAAUGCUGAUGAAUAUUGUGUUUUUAACCAUAUUGUCGCUUAUUUUCAGGAUCCUUCCAUUUAUGAACCAAAGACAGAGUCGCAGGUAAGUUAACAAAUUGUGACAUCAAUCGUUUGGGCCACUUAAGCAUCCUGGGCUGUGAAUUAAAUCACAGUUUGCUUCACCUGUGCUUGGGGACAGAUGGUUUUCCCUUUCUACUUUUCCCUGAAGGGACCCUCUGCUUUUUGGGUAUCUCUGUUCAAGAGAUCGACUGGAAGAAAUAUUUUACAAUAGGUACAUUUGCAAAGAACGAAAUACCAACCAACCGUGCCAACAGGCUGCUAUAUUUCUAUCUAAUUACUAAUUGUUUCCUGUCCUAAAUUCUCUAGGACACAGGAGGGUGUGUGCAUGUGAUCUCACAUUAUUAUUAUUGGUAUUUAUAUAGUGCCAGCUUAUUCCGCAGCGCCUUACAUUAAAAGGGAAAUUUAACAAAUGAGACAAUAACGAAAUGUUACAGGAACUACAUGUGUAAUUAUCUAAUGAUAUAUAAAAAUAAUUCAUCCUUCAGAACGGUCUGCCUGCAGUAAGCUAUUAUUAUUAUAGCAAUAUAAUAUGCACAGGUCCUAUUAACAUAGCAUUUUAACGGAUGCUCCAGGCCCAUACACUACAAGAAUAAGGUCUAGCCACUUGACAUUUUAAAGAUUUGUAUUUAUUUAUGUGAUUUGCAGCUACUCGAAGUGCUCAGUGUCAUAUUCAUAGUACAGAUAUCUUCCUUAGCCCAGAUAUCCACAGUUAUCCUCCCGGUGCUGCCUGAGAUAUUUGGAAGAUGCAGGCCAUAGCAUAGCAGGUAGUUAUACAUACCUUCCAACUCCGUCAUCGGGUAGGAGGAGGGAAAUAGUUGGUGGGCCAGAGAUACGAAGGUGUCACUGGCUCUGUCCGCCUGAAGGAUUGGCAGCUUGGCACGGCAGGCUACCUGUCAAUCAUCCAGGCCGACCCAGUAUGGCGCACUGUUUAAGCACUGCUUCCAACUUGACACAGUUGUUUUGCUACCUAUUUCUCUCAAAUUACGAUGUGCAUUUUUGCUACUUUUCACCUUAUUUUAAUCGCUAAGGAGGUCAAUAAAAAUUGUGGCUUGCAAUUAAAUUGCAGCAGGUUUGGACCAUGGAGCAAUGUAAGAUGGUUGCCAGGUCUGAUGAAUCACAGUUUGUUUUAGAUUAGGUGGAAGGCCAGGUGAGUGUGUGUCGUUUACCUGGGGAAGAGAUGGCAGCAGGAUGCACUAUGGGAAGAAGGACUGGCGGUGGAGGCAGUGUUGAGCUCUGGCCAAUGUUCUGCUGGGAAACCUUGGGUCCUGGCACUCAUGUGGAUGUUACGUUGACACAUAACACCUGCCUACAGAUUGUUGCAGUCCAGACCACGUACACGUACAGUUAUGGCGAUGGUGUUCCCUAAUGGUAGUAGCCUCUUUCAGCAGGUUAAUGCACCCUGCCAUACUGCAAAAAUUAUUCAGGAAUGGUUUGAGUAACAUGACAAGGUGUUUCCUUGGCCUCUAAAUUCACCAAAUCAAUGAUCCAUAGAGGCCCCAUCUCGCAACUUGCAUUACUCAAAGGAUCUGCUGCUAAUGUUUUGGUGCCAGAUACCACAGGAUAUGUUCAGAGGUCUUUUGGAGUCCAUGCCUUGACACAUCACAGCUUUUCUGAUAGCACGAAGGGGACCUACAUGAUAUUAGGCAGGUGGUCUUAAUGUGUGGUUGAUCAGAGUAUGUCUAUGCACAGACACUCGUUUCUUGGCUGAGAGUGGUCAGCUGACGCUUAGAGCCCAUCAUUCAGCUGCCGGAUCGGCAGAAGCCAGCUGUUAUGAUUCUGCUCAACAGGAGCCUCGGUGCUCGGCGUGGUGCAGGUAGAAGCUCAGACCAUUGUAAAACGGUUUGCCCUGUGACCAUAAGGGCGCCAGGAUACCAAUUAAAUCACAAAGUUUUAAUCAGGUUGUGAAAUAUUAGCACAGGAGCAGAAAUAACAUUGUUGUCUCCUAAAAUAGGUGCAUUAAAAUUAAUUCAUAGGAAAUGGUCAAAUGUUCUGCCUAUGAGUAUCAGUCAGUAACAUGAUGUAUGUUCUGCAAAUGCUACUUGUACAAAUGUCACUGGAAUGUAAGACCAAGAAUCUAAUUACAGCUACUGAUUGGGCUUAGAGACCUUGGCCUUCAAAUAAACCCUACAUCUCCAAUAAUGGAACAUUUUUUCUCAUUUUAUUUUCAGAACUUUUAUCAAAAUGUUUGGGAAAAACAGCAAUUUCUAUAUGAGAAACUGAGGGAGGAAAAAGAUCGUCACAAACGCUCAGGUAACUUUAACAGGACAAUAGUCUAGUGUUCUAGUAUUCUCUGCACCUUUUCAGUUCUGACUGAGGCUCUACAAUGGUAUAAAUACAUACCUCGCAGCAUUUCAAAUAGAGUGGGUUCUCAACCCAGUCCUCAGGACCCCCUACCAGUCCAGGAUUUGGGGAUUACCUGGGUGUGUCUCAGGUGUUUAGAAAAAGGGAAAAAAACACCUUAGACUCUAAGGUGUUUUUUUUUUCUUUUUCUAAACACAUUAGACACACCCAGGUAAUCUAAACCCUGGACUGGUAGGGGGUCCUGAGGACUAACGUUGAGAACCCCUGAAAUAGACAGAGAGGGACAGUAAGAUUUUAGCAGAGUGUGUGGGGGUGAUAUGGGGAGGGGAGAAGGGGCAGGGAUGUAUUAGCCGCGAGGCAAACAAGGCAUUUGCCUUGGGCGGCAUUUUUCAGGGGGCGGCAAAAAACUCCGCCCCCCAAAUGCCCAGGGCAAAUGCCUAGUUAGCCUUGCGGCUAACUGACAUCCCGAGCGGGCGGGCGGCACUGGCAGGUGGGAGGCUGGCAGCUCCCUCGCGCGCCGCAAAGUGAGGCUGGGAGCCGGAAGAUGACGUCAUAUUCCGGCUCCCAGCCUCACUCUGCGGGCGGCGCGCGAGGGAGCUGAACAGUCAGCUCAGAGGAAGUGCUCCCUCGUCAGCCGCCCGCACAGCAGCCAGAGCCGCCCAGCCCGACCGGCAGCCACUGGACCACCAGGGAGAAAGAGACCUCCCCCCCCAGCACUCCCAAAGGUAAGGAGGUUGGGGGGGGGAUUUAAAUAAAAAAAAAAGUUAAUGUGUGUGUGUUUGUGUCUGACUGUGUGUGUGUGUCUGACUGUGUGUGUGUGUGUGUGUUUGUCUGACUGUGUGUGUGUUUGUGAGUGUGAGUGUGUGUGUGUGUGUUUGUCUGACUGUGUGUGUGUUUGUGAGUGUGUGUGUGAGUGUGUGUGUUUGUGUCUGACUGAGUGUGUGUGUUUGUGUCUGACUGUGUGUGUGUGUGUGUCUGACUGUGUGUGUUUGUGUCUGACUGUGUGUGUGUUUGUCUGACUGUGUGUGUGUUUGUGUCUGACUGUGUGUGUGUGUAUUUAGAAGGUGGGGGAAGGGGUUGGGUGGGGGUGGCGGGGGAGGGGGUGCCUGAGUUUUGUCCUGCCUAGGGCAGCAAAACCCAGGAUACCCACUGAAGGGUGACUCGCUAAAAUUUAAUUUAUAACAAGAACAAUUUACAGAAACUGUUUUCUAAACACAUUUAUCGUAGUUUAAAGACACAUUACUGUGAGUAUUAUUGCUGUGGAGCUCUGUUAUACACUCAGCUAUACCAACAGUAUGGAGCUCCUACAAAAGAGGGACAUUGGAAUAGAAAAGAGGGGCAAAGGAAUUUAAAUGACCACUAUAGGCACUCAGACCACUUCAGCUUAAUGAAGUGGUCUGGGUGCCAGGUCCAUCUAGGGUUAACCCUGCCUGCUGUAAACAUACAUUAGGAUUUGUUUACUUUAGGGUUAAUCCAGCCUCUAGUGGCUGUCUCAUUGACAGCUGCUAGAGGCGCUUCUGCGUUUCUCACUGUGAUUUUCACACUGAGAAGACGCCAGCGUCCACAGGAAAGCAUUGAGAAAUGCUUUCCCAUGGACUGACUGAAUGCGCACGCGGCUCUUGCAGCGCAUGCACAUUCAGCGGAUUAAGUCGGAAGAGGGAGGAGAGUCCCCAGCACUGAGGGAGCCCGGCGCUGGAGAAAGGUAAGUGUUUAACCCCAUUCUUCCCCUUCAGCCCAGCGGGAGGGGGACCCAUAGAGUGGGGGGGACCCAAAGACCCUAUAGAGCCAGGAAAACGAGUUUGUUUUCCUGGCACUAUAGUGGUCCUUUAAGCCCACAAUAAGGACUGUUGCUCCUAAAUAGGGAAACCUGUGAGGUAUGUAAAUAACCUUAUUUCAUUUGAUGGGGGACAUAUUGGUGGGUCAGUGGGACUGAAAGUCAUGUAACUUAUAACCAGUACAGUAUAUCCUUUGUGCAAUCAAUACUGCUUCCAGCACCGAUUUGAUCUAUUAUAGUAAUAAAUGGCAAAUUAAAUGGCAAAUUGAAAUGAAUGUAAUAAGUGUGAAUGGGAGACAGAUCAGCAUUAUGAGUAUAGUGCUGACUUGUCUCAUAUUUAUGCUUAAUGCGGUCAUUUGAGUUUGUGAUUGGUACUAUAAAUCGUACUGAUCACAUAGAGGAAUAAAGGAUUUAACCUGCCCAGGCCCCUGGAGAUCAAUCACCUUCACAUAUCAAAAAAUAUUACGUUACAUUGAGGUGAUAUGCACGGUCUCUUAAAAGGACACUCCAUUGCCAAAAUACAAUACAAAAUAUUGUAACAAAACAAUCACAUUUUAGAAGAUAUACCCCAUUAAAACAUUUAUUAAUUUAAUUAUGCAUUAUUUUAAUUGGAGUUAUACCUAAAAACAGCUUGCAAAAGGCGCAGAUCUCUUGUCUGCAGCCUUUGAAAGACCUCCCCUUCCAACCCUGCCCAGACUUCAUGUGGCUGUCCAAUCACAGACUUCCCAAUUCAGCUCAAUUCACCUUGUGGGAGGGGGGUGGGGGGAAUUGACUUAGGGCCCCCACCCGCCGCCCAGGGGUGGGGAGGACAGUAGGUCCCCCCAUUAUCAUUAUGGCCCCCAUACGCCGCUCAGGGGUGGGAGCAGGGGGGGGAGGACAGUAGGUCACCUCCUCAUUAUCUUUAUGGCCCCCACCCGCCGCCCGGGGGCGGAGGGGGGGUGGACAGUAGGUCCCCCCACCCUCAUUAUCAUUUGGCCCCCACGCGUCACCCAGUGGUGGGGAGGACAGUAGGUCCCCCCCCUCAUUAUCAUUAUGGCCCCCACCCGCCGCUCAGGGGUGGGGGCCGGGGGGGGCAGUAGGUCCCCCCAUUAUCAUUAUGGCCCCCACCCGCAACGCCCAGGCUGCUCACUGUUCACCAGACAUGCCCCUACUCGUGGUAUAGCAAGUAGGGGCAUAUUAUUUACUAAUACUAAGUAACCUUUACUUAGUAUUAGUAAAGUUGGCUGAAAGACCAAUUUAGGUCUUUCAGCCUUUUAGUAGAUAGCUUCCUGAUAACGUGGGAAUUAGGGAGUUAUCUACUAAGCGGCUGCAAGAUGCAGCCACAGCACGAAUAGGAUCAGAGUUUCAUUCAUUAGAAUGAAAUUCCGAUCCGAAUAAAAUGCCGAAUUGUGUUCUAAAAGAAACGAACAUAGUGUUCUCAUUCAGUUAGAACGCAAUUCGGCAGUUUCGUCUAAAAUGACAGGAAGCAUUGUGGGAACACAGAGGGAAGGUAAGGAUCAUGGGAAAAUUGCUCUGACCAGCGGAAAUGAAGCACACUUUGCUCCUCCGCUGGUCAGAGCUGGUCAAGCGGAGGAAUCCUCCAUAAGGCAAAGAGUCCUUACUUUGUCUUAUGAUUUUAAAGAAAACUAAAGAAGAUAGGAAGAAAAGAACAGAUCCUGAGAGAGGGGGAGAAGAGGAAGAGAUUGAGGAAAGGUAAGUUCGGCAUGACAGUGCCGCUUUAAGCCUCCCAGUAAACAUGGUCUCCUACACAGCUUUACUUUCGUCUACACUGAAGGGUGUUGACAUCAUCUCCAAUGAACAAGAGACCGGGCUGGGAAGCAGUGUGGCAGAGCUUCCGAUCUUUUUAUAGAUCCCUGAAGAAACACUACAUCUUUUAAUGCAGUGGUUAUGGUGCACAGACCCUGUCCCUUUUUCAGACAGCAUAAAACACUGACGUUUCAGAGAAAGUUGCAACAUUGCAUUAUUCUUGGCAGUAACCAGACAGUUCAGCUUUAAUAACACACAUAUUGAAAGGGUUACAAUAGGACUUUAUGUGGUUUAAAGGUUUCUUACAGCACAUUGUCUUUUUUUUCCAGUGAGAAAUAAAAAAAACAAAGGAAACCGCAAACCUACGUUAGUUUCAGCAGCUCAUUAUGAAGGUAAAAAAUGGUAACUUGUUUCUCAUACAAACCAGCAUUCUGUAACAUAAAUGUAAUUACUAUAACACCUCCUCUAAUCCCACACAGCUCCCUUAUAACACCUCCUCUAAUCCCACACAGCCCCCUAUCACACCGCCUCUAAUCCCACACAGCCCUCCUUAUAACACCUCCUCUAAUCCCACACAGCUCCCUUAUAACACCUCCUCUAAUCCCACACAGCCCCCUAUCACACCGCCUCUAAUCCCACACAGCCCUCCUUAUAACACCUCCUCUAAUCCCACACAGCUCCCUUAUAACACCUCCUCUAAUCCCACACAGCUCCCUUAUAACACCUCCUCUAAUCCCACACAGCCCUCCUUACAACACCUCUAAUCCCACACAGCUCCCUUAUAACACCUCCUCUAAUCCCACACAGCUCCCUUAUAACACCUUCUCUAAUACCACACAGCUCCCUUAUAACACCUCCUCUAAUCCCACACAGCCCUCCUUAUAACACCUCUAAUCCCACACAGCUCCCUUAUAACACCUCCCCUAAUCCCACACAGCUCCCUUAUAACACCUCCUCUAAUCCCACACAGCUCCCUUAUAACACCUCCUCUAAUCCCACACAGCUCCCUUAUAACACCUCCUCUAAUCCCACACAGCUCCCUUAUAACACCUCAUCUAAUCCCACACAGCCCUCCUUAUAACACCUCCUCUGAUCCCACACAGCUCCCUUAAAACACCUCCUCUAAUCCCACACAGCCCUCCUAACGCCUCCUAUUACUCCAUAUAACCCUCCCUAUAACUCCUCCUAUUACUCCAUAUAACCCUCCCUAUAACUCCUCCUGUUACUCCAUAUAACCCUCCCUAUAACUCCUCCUAUUACUCCAAUAACUCCUCCUAUUACUCCAUAUAACCCUAUGCAGUAAGGUGGGUCCAUUCUUUAAUAGAUGGAGCGAGUGGUAUUCUAUCAUACUAAAGCUAUGUCCUGACUACCAGGUGAUGAAAUACCAAACCUCAUUGUCCAUUUCCAAUUUUGUGUUUUCAGUGAGAUUAUCCAAGGGAGUGCUACAGACGAAUGCAGGUAAGUCAUGCACACAAACUGGUCUGUCACCUUCCUCUCUUUACAUGAAACACAUAAUAAUGUCCCCUUAUUGCAGACACAAAUGGUACAGUCCGCAACUGGGUUGAAGUGCCCCUGAAUGCCAGCAGCCCGGUCCAUUAUGAUAAUAAACGGGGAGAGUUUAUUGUGGACCACAGAGGAUUAUAUUAUCUGUACUGUCAGGUAAGUUGGGCCUCCUCGCACUCUGUCCAUAGGGACAAACCAGGCUGCCACCUACCUGCAGAGGGCGCUGUAAGACCCGUCAUGGCAGAUAUAACUUACAGAUAUAUAGCAUUUAAACAUGCCACCCCUAAAGAACAAAAAUGAUUUAAAACAAAAUCCCUUAUUCUACAUCAGAAGUUCCUGCGUUGUUGCAAAUCCCAAAAGUUUUCGGCUUCCUGCAGUGAUCUUGGGCCAGACUAGGAAGGGCUGAUGCUUGUUAGCCAAUCCUAGCUUCCCCAUUUUUGUUCAGUGAAGGUACUGACUACUGAGCAUAUCUACAAAACAUUUGGAGAAGAGAAUUAUGGUAUACAUAGACAGCGGCUGCUCUCACCUUACAGAUAGGUCCACUAUAGUGAACAGCCGUGGCUUCAGCUCCGUUAUAGGAGGAAUGAGACGGUGUGCUUGAAAUGACCUUUUAAAAGUAACAAUCCAAUCAAUUAUCAAUACACCUUGGCUACAGAGAUUGUGGUGCCAAAGAACUACAAAGGUCCUCUCAAGUUCCCACUUUGUCUACCAUCUAGGAAAUCUGGUUUCAUUAAAGAGUAAGUCAGGUUUAGCCAACCUUAGGCACUCCAGGUGGCAUGGAAUACAUAGACCAUAUUGCUCUUACAGCCAUAAUGCUGGCAAAGCUUCAUGGGAGAUGUAGUCAACAACAUCUGCAGCAUCGAAGGUUGCCGAACCUUGUGAAUAAUUGUGAAUAAUUGUACACAGUGUUUUUAAAGUGACUUUGUCCCUUUCUCAGGUGCAUUUUAAUGACCACAGCAUCUACAUCAAGUUAGAUCUCCUUCUCGAUGGCUUUUUGAAGUUCCGCUGUCUGCAGGAAUUCUCUGCUACUGCCACCAGCAUCCGUGAAUCUGAGAGGAAGACUUGUGGUGUCUCUGGCCUCCUCUCUCUACGCCCUGGUUCCUCCCUCCGUAUUCAGACACUUCCCGAGAUUAGUUUGAGAGCAGAGUCUUUCCUUACUUACUUUGGCCUCUUCCAGGUCCACUGAGUUUACCAGUUCUGAAAGAAUCACCCAGAAUGUGGGUGGGAGCAGCCAGUAUGAUGCUGCCUCCAAACCGAACUACUGUAUCAAAUCUGGAUUACUUCACCAGAAUUCACUACAAAACUAGACAUCAAGACACCACUUUGACUACACAGCCCAGAAAGACUUGGAGAACCAGAAAACGAGAGACAUCACCAGACUUUCAAGGUCCAGAUGUAUAAUAAUCUAGAAGAGGUAGAAAGCCGGCUGCUAAGGGUCCAUAAUGCAUUUAACAUGUAGAGCAAAAUAUGUGUCUCUUUAAUCCCAAACUGCAUUAACUAUAAUUAAUUAGCGCAAGUCAUUUGGAAUCCAGAAUCAGAGCACUAUGAGAUACAGAAUGCGGGUGCUGUAAAUUCCAGAAUCAAUCAACUAUUGAAUUGAGUAUAAAGGACAAAUUCAUUACAAGGACAAAAACCUAUGUGGAUCAUUGUGUAUUUUAACUACAAAACCAAAAACAAGAGAUACGAUUGAUGGGGUACAAGAUAGAGCAGAUGUUCCCUUGUAUUUCAGAUCCAGAACAAAAAAGUGAAUAGGAAACAAAAUCUAGGACAAAUAGAGACCAUGUCUCUAUGUAUGUUAGAUGGUAAGGGCUCUGAAUAUGAUGAAAGCCUCAUUUCACAGACAUAUCAGGAAUAGAGUGCAUUGGAAAACGUGUUCCAGACAAAGGUAAGAAUAUGUGUCCAGAAGCAGUAGGAUGCCAUAACUCUGAACACGUGAUUCGAGUUUUUCAGAGGCUGCCAUCAAGAUUGAGAACCAAAAACAUGAGCAAUGAGCAGCUGAGGCGUGGACUCUAUAAUUAAAUGGAACUAGAGAAUAUAGAAAGGACUCGCUAAAAUGGGACUAAAGACUGCAGAACUGAAUGGAAUCCAGGAUCAGUAAAGGGGACAGGAGCAAAUAUGCUCUGAAAAUCCAAAACCAGUAAAUGCGUUACAAAUCCAAAACGUGCAAUAGGAACUACAAUUUGCAGAAUUUUCUUCAAAUACAGAAACGGUAAAUGAGACUACAGGCUCCAGAAUGUAAUACAAUCCCAAAAUCCGUCAAUUAUAACUCAGGCCAAAUAUAAUCUGUCAACCCAGACUGGGCAAUAGGAACUGGAGAAUCUAGAAUGUUGUGCCAAACAUCGCAAAUCAAGAAUCAGUAAUAUGGACUUACCUCUAUAAUGGGGACUAUGCUUUCCAUAUCACACUAAAAACAGAAUCAGUUACAUUGACGAGAGGGUCCACACUGGAGUAUAAAUCCAGGCUCAGUAAUAAAGACUUCACUCUCCAGAAUGUAAUGCAAACUGUUAAAUGGGUAGACUUGGUCAAUAUUGGCCUCCAGUAUUGGGCUGCAAAUCCAGAUUGUGGAACUGUGACUGCAAACCCAGAACAAGAAAUAGGGAUCACAUUUUAACAAUAAGAUGAACUAUUGUUACAGGGUUUUGUGUGAUGGCUUUUAACUCCUUAUAUUUGUCACUCCAUAAUAAAAGUAUAUUUUAUACAGGGGUCGGUGUAAUGUAUGUGGCUAUAGAACACACAGGAUUAGCAAUCACAAUGUAAUGACAGGUCUAUCAUAUUAUAACAUGAAUGGAUGCUGUUUCCUGUGUAUUACAUGAAUAUUUCGAUUUAAUAAGUGGUGGAUUCUACUUGACCAUCAAGCACUUUAACCUAUAUUUCCUGUACUUUAGCAGCAAUGCAGUUACUUAUUAGAGGAUUACAAACAUUUUCUAUUGGAAACCUACCCGAGGGCAUUAAGAAUAUCAGAUUUGGAAGCAAAGAAACUUAUAAAAUGCAUAUUAUUCACUUUAAAGAUACUGGCAUUUAAAUGUCACAUAGCAUUGAAUGAAGAUAUAAUGUCAGCACAUAUAAUGAUUAGUGUCAUUACUGGAUAAACGGCAGUACAUGGUGUUUAAUGAUAUAUAGUAAAGCAACCUGUGACACAGGUUUAGGGGGAGUUAUGGUUAGGGGGUCAUAGCUCUUACCACUCUCAGACAGUUAUAGUCCACAGAUUCUAGAAGCGCCUAAUUUUCCUCAAAUCAAAGCACCCUAUCUAUUAGUAUUAUUUUAUUAUUUAUGAAGCACCAGCAAAUUCUGUAGCGCUGUACAAUGGGUGGACUACCUACCAUACAUACUACACACCCUUAACCAUAACUGAUCACUAAAAAAUGUUUCCCCAACCACCCCCCUGGUAGUGUUGUUCUUAAAGGACCACUAUAGGCACCCAGACCACUUCA